GAAAAAGAGGGGAGGAAAAGAAGAGAAGGAGGAGGAGGGAAAAGGAGGAGGAUACAUAAAGCCUUCGUCAUCUCUGAGAGUGUCACAUUGAUCUCAAAAGUCCAAGUAAAGGCUCCAUCCUGAAGUGCAGCUUCUUCAACGCAUCACCUGCUUUUGGACCUGAAUCCUGAACAUUUGCUCAAAAAGUAAAGACAUUUAAAAAAACAAACAAAAAAAAAAACAGGAGAGAGCGAGAAAAGACACCUUCAGGGGCUUUAAAACCGCAGCUGAUUGAUGAACCUCUGACAAAAAGCGCUGACGGGAAUAAAUAAAAGGAUUUUGAAGGAAGGAAGAUGAUAUUUGGCAGAGAUGUGCCAUAGGAGAUCUGGUGGUCUUCAAAUAUUCACAUGCCUUUGGAUGCUUAAUGGCCCUGACAGGUGAUAAGGCAAUGCAGGAGGAGGCGACCCAAGCAGUUCAUCAGCUCUACUUCGUGCUCUUAUUGGGCACGGUUGCCAACGUGGAUUCAUUCCACAGCUUGGCCAGCGAGAGAAGUUCAAUAGAAAGCACGUACGAGCUCACCAAAUAUCUGGAGUACCAGCUCAAGGAGAUCAAAGAUGUCUAUUUGACAUACCUCGGCCCCCCGUUCAACGACAAAGACUUUUCGCCGCCGAGGCCCAAUAGCACGGCUCUCUCCCUGCCCAGCGCCGCCACCCGCCUGGAGCUGUGGCGCGGCCUGGAGAACCAAGCCCGUCUGGCUCAGAACCAGAGGGCCUACUCAAUCCUUUUGGCGGCUGUAAGAGAGCUGGCCCGCUCCACCCUCUGCCCCUCCCUCAAAAUCUCCCUGUUGCACUUCUGCACAGGACUGGACGGCCUUUUGGGCUCCAUAUCAGCGUUGAUGACCACCCUGGGUUACGCCCUUCCCGAAAAGAAACCGGGUGACCUCCAGUGGGGGGUGGAAGGAGACCGCCCGGCGCCGCUAAUCAGCAGCAGCUCGUACAGAUCCAGAACCAGGAUGAGGAUGGACAGACGGAAUCGAGGCGGAGAUGAAAAACGAGGGAAAGCCAGGAGGCGAUUGGUAGCGGCUGUGAAAAAGAGUGGCGGAGUGAAGCAAAAGAGGAGGAGAGGGAGGCGGGAAGAACAGGAGGCCUGGAUGUUGGACUGGAGCCCGGUUGAGGAGGUGCAAGCGGUGGGGACCAGGAGGUGGCGGAGAAGCUUGUUGAGCGUGAAUGAAGAGGACGAAGAGAGGCAGCCUGACCAACGGGUUGACGACGGGUACAGCUACAACCUGGACCUGGUGCACUGGGACACAUUCCGGGAGGAGGAUGGCAUCAUCGUGGCGGGUAAGAACAGCUUCUUCGUGGACUUUUCUCCGACGCAUCAUCGGCGUCGGCCUCCUCGCGCGCUCUUCACCCCCACGCUACAACAACCGUCAUCCACUCUCUCUCUUCUCCACCAACUCGGGCCCGGCGAGGACCACGGACUCUUGCCGACGUCCCCCACGUUGUCUUUACACAGCGGCCCCUCGUUCCUCUCCUCUUCAUCAUCCACCUCUGUGCUCCUCUCCGUGCGGCCCGCUAUGAACGACUUUGCCAGGAAAGUGGAAGGCUUUUGGAUACUGCGCGAGCUGCAGAGUUGGUUGUGGCGAUCGGCGAAAGACUUUAACCGCCUCAAAAGGAGACUGAGAGGCUGAGACCACAACACUAUGUGCUGUGGUAAUCUUGACAGUUUUUGCACUAGGGAUGGGUAUUGACCAUAUUCCUUGUUAGACUACAGGACGAUUAUUGAUGAAUUCAUCGAUUAAUCAUUACUUUAAAAACUUUGUGUUUUGUGUUUAAGGAAAGGGGGUAGUUAGCACAUCCAACUCUGAAGUUAUGGGUUCAAAUCCUGGCAUUGGCCCUCCUGCUUAAAGAUUGCAUUUCCAGUCUCAGAUUCCCAAAACAUGAAAGUUGAAGACUUGGCCAUUGAAGACUCUAAAUUGGCUCAGGUGUGAAUGAUUGUUUGUCUUUUGAUACCUCGCUAGGCUCCAGCUAACCUUAAAGGGACACUCCAAGGACACUGUUUAAAUUAUUUGUUUGAGUCAAAGAAAAUAAUGUUGCUAAAAAGCCUGUCAAAUUUGGAUUAAUAAAAAGCUGCUAACUAUAAUUAAUAAGGCUUCAAAAUGGGGGAAAAUAAGGCCGACCAUUCAGGUCCCAGACGCUGUAGGCUGUAGGCUGUGCUCAUACAACACACAAGUGCCAAAUUCUGCUUGUUACCAUAGCUUGUUACAACGUGUAUAAUACUUUGUUUAGAUGUUUCUCAUUUAUACAUAACUCAACUGCCAUGCUUUUUGAACUCGAGGAGAAGCAUCUCUCACAUCAGCCGGGCUAAGUGAAAGCGAAACAGUCGGCCGGCAACGAGCAGCAACCCCAGGAAGCACGCAAGCAAGCGAUCGUGGUGCCACGUGCAGCAGUUGCCAUCAGUAAAUGCGUACGGUCGGCUACAAUUCGCCACAAAUUUAGCGGGCCCACAGCAGUAUUGUAGCCGACUGUACGCAUCCACUGCCAACCAGUGCUGAAAGAAGGAACUCCCAGCUGCAGGAACCCCUCGGUGCUGCCGCGUCUGGCCGUCUGCUAUGUAAUGCAGUGGUCCCCAACCUUUUUUGCACCACAGACCUGUGCGGUGUGGGCCUUUUUUUUCACCGACCAGCAAUGUGUGGCAGAAAAUGACAGUAAAUAUAAAAUAACACGACGGGGCUAAAAAUGAAUAUUAAGUGCAGGGAAAAUGUCACUCACCAUUAGCUGAAUCAACCUUUUUUUAAUAGCGGCCUCUCCCAAAACUUGACGGCAAAUACGAUCGUUUCUUGGCUUUAGUAAUACGAUUCGCCAUGAGGUAUGAUGCAUUUAGUGCAUUCACUUUUGUUGCCUCGUUUUCUAGCUUUUAGCCACAUAUUAUGCAGAAUGGACUUGAUUGUAGGCUCAUCUUCUGGUUCAGCCGGCGGCCUUUUCCCCAUAAAAAACCGCCGCCUGAGACACACAGCCAACAGCAGCUAAAGGUACAGUUUACAUUGACUGGUGCUGGGCUGCUAUAGGUGUGCAAACACACCAGUAAUUGUUACCAACCACCAGAUGGCGACCUACAUAAAGCUUUACUCGGAUUAGUCUAUCAGGCCAGAUUGCGGUCAUAAUAACUGAUUUUUAUUUUUCAUUAUUCUGCAGCCCCGUAGCAAAUGCGCCACUGACCGGCACCGGUCCGCUGCCCGGUGGUUGGGAAUCACUGACGUAAUCCUUUAUUACACAAAACAGACAUUACAUAAAACACAUAUAAAACCUAAUGGAAGAAUUAUUUUGGUAACGGAUGUCAUCAAUUUUUCCCGCUGCAGCCUCUGGAAGUAAUGCUAGAAACUCAGCGGACCUUGGCAGAACUACAGCCGUCCAAAACAUAUUAAGUUGUAUUUGCUGCCAGGCAUGCUGAGUUUUUAUUCGUGGUGAGCCAUUUGUCUCAAAGCCCAAAUAACAUGCAGUAAAACACAUAUACUGUACAUGCAAGUAAUUAUGUAUUUGGGUGAGCGGGUGUUGACGGCACAGCUUGAUGGUAAAGUAAAUGAGGAAGCUGCAGUUGUGCAGGUCAAAAAGUCACUAAUUGCUUGCUGAGUUGUUAUAUAGUGGUAGGGAACAAAAAUGACUGCAGCUGAGACAAAGAAAAGUAGUUUCUUGCUAUAACUCAGAGUUUCAGCACUCAUUGUUCUUAGCCUGUGCACGUUUUCAGCUCUUCAAACAUAUUUCAUGUAUUUAGUAACAAAUAAUCAAAAUGUCUGGAGUGUCCCUUUAAUGAUGAAAAGUGUGAUAGAAAAGCGAUGCAUGGGAGGACUCCUAGUUCCCCUCUGUUAAAAUGUGCGAGUUAACGCUGGCCAAAAAGUUUGUGGCUUAACCUUGCAAAUGAUUAUAAUAUUCUCCUUUAGACUUCAAACUAGUUUAUACUGACACAACAUCGCUUCUAAUGACACAUAAAUCAAAAAUCAAUUCCACACAGUUGACCAAAUUCUUCCAAAAUAUGAAUAUAAUUAUUCUGUCCAAGCUAGUCUUCAUUUAGUUAAUAACCUUCCAGAAAAACCUCAGUGAAUUAGAGAAUGGUCUUUAUGCUUAUUAGCACUGACAAAUCACACUACUAUGCCCAACUAGUUGGCAUGUAUCACAUGCGAGUAGGACACACUAGUCAUUCCAUAUUAUAUAUUUAAUAAAUGACUUUGGUAAAAGACACUUAUUUAUUUGAUAUACUAGAUAUCCGUUAUAAGGUCUAUGUACUAAUUUGCUAUUGGUCUUCACUACACUAGUAAGACAGCUUUGUCACAUCAAAAGAACAAAUACAUGGGUCAUUCCAGAGUUAGAGGACAUUUGGGCUUCAAAGUUCCUGAAAAAUAAGCCUCAAUUAUUCUGUUUUUUUUUGUUUUUUUUUUGCCACAUUUUCAUCAAUAAUAAGUAAUAAACUAACAAAAGCUUGAUUAAAAAAAAGACCAUCAAUCAAAGUUAACUAUUCAUAGAAAAUAUGAAAAACAGAAGAGAGGACAUAAAUCUGCUCUAGCUUUUCUUUUGGAAAAAGCUUUGAUGAUGUUAAGUUCAGCGUACCACGUGACUGACUUUUUUCUUCUUUUACUAUGCCAAACAGGUUGUGGUAACAGGGUUGCGUUCAUGUUGUGGGACACCUGGGUUUAUUGUUUGAAUGUUCCCACGGUUACAAGAGAAAGAAAUGAAACAAAUAAUAGCCCAAAGAAGAAUUUUAAAUUUCAUUUUAAUUAUUUAUUUAUUUAUUUGAGAUUCAAUUUGGUCAUUUCUAGGGGUGGGACAAGCAAAAAUGGCAUUUUAGGGUGUACCCAAACUGAAUUGGAAUUGUAAAAAAAUAUAUAUUUUCAACCGUUGUUUUUUUCAGUUGUUUUUUAAAAUUUGGUUUCAAGUCAAUUGACUCCAAAAAAUGUAUGUUUUCGUAAUGUGAGUUUUUUCAAAUUUAACGGUGGGGCGUAAAACUAUUCAUGGAAUAACCCAGAUGUUAUAUGUGAGUGAAGAUUGUACUCCCGUUUACAAUUGUGCUACUACUUUAAGAGACGUUAUAGCUACCAGAGAUAUUGUAUACAAGUAGUCCCUGAUUUACGAAUGAGUUCCGUUCCUGCGCUGGUGAUGUAACCCAGAUUUCCACAUAAAUCGGAAUUAACCCUCAAAUACCUCAAAACACCCUCAAAAAAAGAAAAGAAAAAACAACUAUCCAAAAACAUGUAUGAUUCAUGUACCGUCCUCGCCAAGACGUUGGAGCUAAGUCCUAGCUAGACAGUUAGCUAAGCUUUGAAAUGACGAUGUCAGACGUCCAUGUGGUUUGCUGACUUUAUUCAGCUGCUCAUGACAUCAACACUUGGAGAAUGAAACAGAAAUAAAAUGAAAUUAAAUCCGUCUCAUCUUCAAUUACAGCAAUUCAAAUUUGCGAUAACAAGUACCUGCUUAUACAGCAACAACAAACAAUUAGCAUGUAUCAGUUAGCGUCCGCCCAUUAUCAAAAACAAUCACGUACAGUGGUAUGAAAAAGUAUCUGAACCUUUUGGGAUUUUCACAUUUCUGCUUAAAAUCACCAUCAAAAGUGAUCUGAUCUUUGUCAAAAUCACACAGGUGAAAAAACAGUGUCGGCUUUCACUAUAACCACCCAAACAUUUAUAGAUCAUCAUAUUUUAAUGAGGAUAGUAUGCAAACAAUGACAUAUUGGGGAAAAAUAAGUAAGUGAACCAUCACAUUAAAUAUUUUGUGCCCCCCCCACCCCUUUGGCAGCAAUAACUUUAAACAGACGCUUCCUGUAGCUGCUGAUCAGUCUGGCACAUCGAUCAGGACUAUUCUUGGCCCAUUGUUCUCUACAAAACUGCUGUAGUUCAGAUUCCUGGGAUGUCUGGCAUGAAUCGUUGUCUUUAGGUCAUGGCACAGCAUCUCAAUGGGGUUUAAUUCUGGACUUUGACUUGGCCACUCCAGAACGUGUAUUUUGUUCUUCUGAAACUAUUCUGAAGUUAAUUUACUUCUGUGUUUUGGAUAAUUGUCUUGUUGCAGCAUCGAUCCUCUUUUUGGCUACAACUGUUUGACAGACGGCCUCGGGUUUUCCUGCAAAACAUCCUGAUAAACUUUUAAAUUCAUUCUUCCAUUGAUGAUUGAAAGUCGUCCAGGCCCUGAGGUGGCAAAACAGCCCCAAAUCAUGAUGCUCUUUCCACCAUGCUUCACGGUGGGGACAAGGGGGUUGAUGUUGGUGAGCUGUUCCAUUUUUCCUCCACGCAUGACGUUGUGUGUUACUCCCAAACAAUUCAACGUUGGUUUCCUCAGUCCACAAAAUAUUUUGCAAAACAUCUGUGGAGUGUCCAAGUGCCUUUUUGCGAAAAUUAAAAGAGCAACAAUCUUUUUUAGACAGCAGUGGCUUCCUCUGUGGUGUCCUCUCAUGAACACCAUUCUUGGCCAUAGUUUUACACAUAGUUGAUGUGUGUACAGCGAUAUUGUACGGUGCAAGUGAUUUCUGUAAGUCUUUAGCAGACACUCUAAGGUUCUUUUUUUACCUCUCUGAGUAUUCUACGCUGCUCUCUUGGCUUCAUCUUUGGUGGACAACCACUCCUUGGAAGACAAGCAACAGUGCCAAACUCUCUCCAUUUGUAGACAACUUCUCUGACUGUCGAUUGAUGAAUAUUGUUAUGCAAAUCAACAAUCCUUGAUCGCAGGUCUUCAGCUCUUCAGCUUCAGCUCUUUUGACCGAGCCAUGAUGUACAUCAGUCAAUGCUUCUCAUCAAGACAAUUUUUACCAGGUGUGUGUUUUAUAGUGGGCAGUGUAGAUUUAACCCUUUAAACCUGACUUAAAAUGUUUGGUAAAAAUUGGUUUCAAUUGCUCUUUAAGUCUCCAUAAGAAGAGGGUUCACUUAUGUAUUUUUCCCCCUUCUGUCUUUGUUUGCAUGCUAUCCUCAUUAAACUAUGAAAACCUAUCAAUGUUUGCGUGGUUUUAGUUAAAGCAGACACUGUAUUUUCAUCUGUAGGAUUUUGACAAAGAUCAGAUCAGAUCACAUUUGAUGGUGAUUUUAUGCAGAAAUAUGAGAAAUUCCAUAAGGUUCAGACACUUUUUCAUACUACUGUAAACUUUGACCCAAGUAUUCGACCAUGAUUGAAAAGGCACAAUAAACAGUACAAAAAGGUUUAUAUACAGCAGUUGCCUCUGGAUGCUUCACAAGCAAAAAAUGUGUGCGCAGGCUGUCACCUCUUCACUCGGCUGCUUCCUCUUUGCUGUGUGUGGGGGUUGGGCAGGUGUGUAGAUGCUCUCGCGUGCGGAAUUAAAACCUGUUCUACGCAUCCCCUACCAAAAUAAUAGCAUGCAUCACAAAACAAAAUUCAACAUUUAAAAAAACAUAAAAUCAACGAGACUCUGGCGUCGUAAAGUCAAAUCGCGUAAGUCGUGUCCGUCGUAACCCGGGGACUGCCUGUAAUUGUAAAGGUUAAUCGUUUUGGUAGCUGUUGAUGCCCUAUUAGUCUACCAAAGUUGCCCUGUCGCAGGUAAUGUGCAUGUCAAACAGCAGAGGAAGCACUUGCACUUAAUUGUCUUGCUUUUACCAGUACAUGGACCUUAAACUGGAUAUCAGUGGCAUUAAAAAAAAAAAUGCUCCAGUGGCUUUCCUUAAUUGCGUUUGUUCAUUUUAUACGGGAAUAGGAGAAUGAGGGUCAUUUGGCAGGUCACCACAGACUAACACACACUCAAUUACUUGCACUGUCACUGGUCCACUGACUGCUCACAUACACGCACACAAACACAGUGAGGCUGGCAUGAAUAACCGGACUUCAUGGCCCGUAGACCACCAGAAAUACUGCUGCAGGUGAUUGCAGACACACUCACACACGGGGGUCAGCUGAGUGACAGAGCUGCCAUUGAGCAAAAACAGAUUCAGCGACACAACUCAUGUGAAUCAGCAAACAUUCAUCGGAAAUGUUAUGAAUGGAGAGUAGACAAAAGGAGUGUGGCGGAAGAGUAGGAGGAGGAAACCGCCAGCGGGGUGAACAAGUUGUAGACGAAGAGUCAGAAGAGGAGAGAGAAACGGGAUGAGUCAGUGGACAAGUGCAGGAAAGAAUGGGCAGCGGGGGGAGAGAGUGAUGCUGAGUAAGCACAAAUCAGCUGGUCACUUACAGUAACUGUACAACGACAGUAUACACAAUUUACAGACACUGGUGGUAACACACAGACACGUGCGCAUAAUGGAAAAUCCAAGGUCAAACACGAUCUAUUCUUGGAUGAAUUUAGAAUUAUAGAAACCAUAGUAGCCAGGAAACAGCUAGCCACAGUGUCACACUUCAUGGUUAUAGAAUUGCAUGUGUUUUUAAUGGUGGUAAUAGCAGUACAGAGCUCUUUAAAAAUAAUAAUAAGAUACCAGAAAAACAAACAAGAAAAGAUAAUUUUCAAACCAGGCAAUCUGAUCAUUUUUCAGCGGUCUCUGUACUCUUUUUUCCCUCACAACUAUAUUUUGGUUGCGGUUGUUUCGAUAAUUAAAAAAAAAAAAAAAUCCAUAAUUUCGAUUAACGAUUUUACGAUAACCAUCAAACAUGACUGUUCCUUUACGAAUUACACUGUUUGUGCAAAAUGCAACGAAAGUAUUGUGAAAAUAAGUUCCACCAAGAAUUGCAUUCACAGUGCAUUUACCCUACCAAGUUAUUUCUCGGAUCAUUUUACUAUUAUAAAAUUUGUUGCAUAUAAUGUUUGGAGUCUAGCAGACACGUGACCCAGAAGUACUAAAACUUGUUGCAGCCUGAUGCAGGUUAUAUCUAAUACAUACGUGAGCAAGAGAAACCUGAUGCUUGGCUGUAAAUCUUUACAAGAGGUAUGUUUGAGAAGAUUAUUGAUAUCCUACCUCUCUUCUCUACCAUAAAUCCACUCUGCUUCUUCACAGCUAAGCAUUAUGGAUGUGUGUGUUUGGGAUUCACAGCAUGUUGUUUUGGGCCAACUCAGUGCAUUUCAGCAUAGAGGACACGCCCAUCUACUGGAAAAAAGACAGGAAUUGAGUUUUAGAGACAAAAAGAACAUUUUCAGGGGCUGUCAUAUUAACGCUUGAUUAUUUAUGGCUUUUUAAAAAGGCACAAGUGUCUUAAUUUUUCACUUUUAAUCAGAAAGAAUCUAUUGUCUUGGAAUGUGCUUUGAUAAUGUUGGUAAAGGUUGUGAGACAAAAGUCUUGGGCCAUCAUUAGCUUUUGUUUUUGUUAUUAUUACUUCUCAGCCCUGUUAUUAGACACACAACAGAUUUUGUACAGUAUGGCAAUGAGGGAAAGUUAACUUUAUUUUUCAUACAGACAGGUAAAAAUCUAGAAAAUGUCAAAAUUACUGCUGGAAAAAUAAGAACAUAAAAAAACAAACAAAACCUAUGAUGGCCUACGACAUUUGCACAAUCCUUUAUUGUAUUUAUUGAAUAAGAUGUUUAUUUAUUUUGUCUCGUGUGGAAAUACUGUAUUAAGAACUCAAGAAAGAAUAAAGGCUAGCUUUUGUACACAAGGUGCUGUCAUGUGGUAUUUUGUCACUUUUCAGCUCAGGGCAGACC